CGUGUGUGAAUGUUUCCCACUGGGACAGUAAUACGUUUACUACAUGAUACUGUUGAUUUUCACAGGACAUUGACUAAAAAAAUUAGGUGUAAGAAAUUAACUUAAGGCUUAAUGGCUUUAGCAAGUGGACAUUGGGUUGACAAGGAAAUUGCAGGAAUCCCACCAAGCCCAAGAUAUGGCCAUGCGAUGACUGUAGCAGGAAAUAUUGCUUUCUUGUUCGGAGGAGCAUCAAGCACGAUCACAGAGGAUGAUCCUCCAAUAUAUCUGAACGACUUUUACAUGAUUACAGUUUCAUCUAAUCGAGUAACAUGUGAGCUGAUGCCCCAGAAAGGUGAUGUUCCCACAGUGAGAGAAGGACACACUCUUUGUGUUGUUAAAGGAAAACUCUAUUUGUUUGGAGGCUCCUCACACCCUGACGCUAAAGAGUGUCUCCCAGGCGUCUAUUGCUUUGACAUUGUGACGCUGACGUGGGAGAAGCUGCUCACUGCAGGCGUGUCCCUGCGGACACUGAGACACAGCGCAGCAGCUCUGGGAGAGAAUAUCUAUGUGUACGGAGGGAUUCUGGAUGGAGUCCCUACUGAUGACCUCAUGAUGUUCAACACAGUGUCUCUGAUUUGGAUGCCUAUUAAAACUACAGGAGCUCUGCCUUCAGAAAGAUAUAAUCACUCAUUUGCUGUGGUCGGUGAGCAGAUAUUCUUGUUUGGUGGAUGUUCAGAGGAUGAGUCUCAACUCAAAGACAUGUAUGCAUUGAAUACAGAGACUCUGGUGUGGGAACAAUUUAAGGUAAAAGGAGAGUCUCCUGUUGUUUGUGCCGGUCAAACCUUUACACCACAUCAUGACAAGGAUAUUUACUUAUUUGGGGGAACAGUCACUAAUCCAGACGGAGCGGUAUCAUACACCAAUGAAAUUCACAAAUUAAGCAUCGCAAAGAUGAAAUGGAAGGUACCGCUGUAUGUCGGCAUCCCUCCCGCCAGACGUCAUGGACACACGGCUUUCAUCGUCCACAGUCAUCUUCAUGUGUUUGGAGGCAAAAAUGAAGAGCAAGAAUUUAAUGACUUGAAAAUAAUGAAAUUAAUAAACCCCUCAGAGAGACAGCCAGUGAUGAAGGAGAUUUUGUCUGAGUUUGGACUGCAGGGCGUCAGUAAUAGCUUCGCUCCGACAAAGAUUCCCAACGUGAAGUACGAGCUGAGUCAGUCUCCAGUGACCGUGAAGAGCUACAGGAGUGAAAAUAUCCAGGUGAGCGGUCAUAGAGAUUUCAGUACAGUUCGUGAUGAAGCCAUGAACAUGAUCCACAAAGCUUUUGCCAUGUUAGAUGAGGAAUUCCAAAAGCUAGACAGAGAAAAAGAAGCACUUGCACGAGACACAGAGGCGCUACAAAAUGAGAGAGAUGCUCAAAAUGAGCAUCUCCUGAGACAGAGACAGGAACUUCAGGAUAUGCUGGAAAGACACAAAGCUCAGAACGAGGCUUGGCUGCGUGCGCGGGCAGACGAGAACGACAAGGAGAGGAAGGAGCUGUGUAAACUGAGGGAGGAGGUGCUCCAGGAGCAAGAGAGACUCAAAGAGGAGCAGUGCAAUAUCCAAAAACGCAGUGAGCAGCUCCUGUCCAUUAUGCAGCAGUUCAAAGGCAUGUGAAGACACUGUCUCCAUGGCAACCGCAAAGGGAGACGGCCCGAGUUUUGUUUGGGAAACAGCGAGAUUAUUGAUGCCACUCCCUUACUGUGAUAUUUGGGUUUGUUUGUCUGCCUGAUGAUUUGGUUAUUCCUGUGUGUGUGUGUGUGUGUGUGUGUGUGUGUGUGUGUGUGUGUGUUAAUGGAUGUCACAACACAUUAGACAACCUCAUUACCAGAUAUACCUGUAGAACACUGGAUGAUUUAUGAUGCUUUUGAAAAGAUUUUUCUGAAACGUGAUGAAGUAAAUUG